CAGGCCUAGGACCGGGACAGCCCCCGCCGGGCCUUACCUGUGAGCAGGCAGUUUUCCAUUUGGGAUAUUUCCAAUCCUCAACUUUUCCUUUUCAUUCACUGGUUCCUGCUGUCCCCAGGAAGUGAGAUCCAGGAGCUGCAGAAGACUUUCCAAGCACCCUGCCAGCUGAAAAGUUAUACUGGGCAUCAUGAAUGUCAAUGAUUUUGUAAUUCUCCCAGGCUCAAAAGCUGGAACCUCAAUGAGAUUAAAAACAAAAACUGUCAAGGAAUUGCAGUUGGAGAAAGCACAGUUAGAAACAGAAAACAAAGAGAUGGAGAAGAGAUUAUGGCAACUGCAGUCAAACAUGAGCAGAGAAAAAGAAGAGAGGAGGAUGUUAGGUGCUUAUCAUUGGAAAUCUGGGCAGGCAGGACCACCAAGGACAACCCAAGCCCAGGCUGUGGUACAAAAUAAUGAAAACAGGAAGAAGAUUUCUCCAGAGAAAGUGAAGUUGCGAAUACUCAAGAACGAAAUUCAAGAGCCAGUGAAAAAACCAGUUAAGCCUGAAAGAAGAAAUGUUGUGGCUCAUGAAAAAUUGGGAGUGAAGGGGAUGGCCUGUGGACCACCUAAAAUUAAGGGUGGGCUGCUGGAGCCAGCCUCAGAACCAGCCUGUGCAAACCUUGGAAAGCAGGACAAAGGAUUGUUGCUGAGUGGUGCCUUUGAUGAGGAGGUGUCUGCCAAGUCUUUUCAGGAUGCUUUGCUUCAGUGGAGUAAAGGAAAAAGUGAUCCUGGAGGAGAUCCAUGUGCCAGUGGGGUCCCAUCAGAGCCUGUGGGGGUUUGUGAGGUGCAGACCAAUGUUACUGCUCUGAAGGAACCCAUCCAUGUGGAAUUCCAGAAGGAUGGUCCGACCUACAUGGAGAAACUCCUGCUGAAGAAAUACAGAAGAACUCCUGUCGAUCAGUUUUUUUCAAGUUGCAUGAAAGAUUCAAGGCCUGUGCAAGCCCUGAGUGUUCAUCAGGCUGGGGCUGGAGGAGGGGGACAAGGAGAAGAUGAUGAUGAUGGCAUUGAGGAGUUAACAGAUGAAGAGGUGAAGAAAUACUGGGCAUCUGUUUAUAGAGUGGCAGAAUCCAACACUGUUUCUGAAAAUGCAGAGUCCUCUUUGAAAAUUGAGUUCCUUGAUGAUUCUCCUACCAAGGAUCUGGAAGAAUCUUCACAUUAUUCAGUGGAGGAAACUGGAGAUGGGGGGAUGAGUAAACAAGGAGAAACUUUCCCACUGGAUUGUGGAAGCAAUCCUGUUUCUCCUAAAGAAAUUUCUCAAGAAAAACCAAUUGUCUGCAGUGAUCUUGAGAUAAAUGCAGUGCAGGAGGAGAGUACUGAACCAAAGGCUGGGGGAACAUCACUGAGCUCCUGUGAACUUCCUAAGGAAGUCUCUGACCUCACUGAAGCAAUGAGCAAAGAUCUCCUUGGGACUGAACUAAAGAGCAGCAGAGAUCUCCUGGAGACAGAGCUGCAGAAAAGCAGGAGAGAGCCACAAGAACUGGGCAGUGCCUGCAGUAGUCAGAGUUUGGUCUUGCCUGUAAUCACAAAAUCUUCAGCAUUACAGGAUAUAGCCAAAAGACAGAAAUGUGGUUCUACAUCAUAUCAGGGACUGGAAGGUUUCUUUGUUGUAGGUGCAAACCCUAAACAAGAAAAGCUGGAGGCACUUUCUUCCCUGGCUGCUGCCUCCAGCCCUAGGGACAAGAGGAUCCAUUUUCCAGGAGAUGGGCAGUGGAAUUCUGGAAGAAGCUUGAGUGAAUAUGCUGAUGACUCUGUAGUUCAGGGUGUUCUGGAAAGUCAAGUGAACAGAGCUGCAAAUGCUGUCCAGGCUCCAGGGAACCUUUCUCCUCUGAUGGCAGCAUGGACACCAUGGCCAGGCCCUGAAAAUAAUUCCAACUUGACUUGUGAAGAUGAAACCUCCUCCAGCAGAGCCUGGGAGAAGAUCUUUGGAAAUGCAGAUUUCCAGAACACCCUGGAGCUGAAAGAUCACGACACAUUUGAUAUUUUUGGGGACUGGGAGGAAAGCCAAAUAGAUUCUGAGGAAGCAAUUCUGGAGGACAAACAGCAGGUUCUGGCAUUGCAGUGAACAUGGAGAGCUCAGUUCAGUCUCUACCUUUGUAUGGUUCAGAACCAAGAAGAUCAAGAGGUGUUUUAAGUGCUGCUGAAGGCAUCAUUUACUAAGGAAUAUUCUGUAAAGAUUUCAUUAAAACUUUUUGAAAAUACCUUGAUUUGGCUUUUUUUUAUUACUAUGAAGAAAGAAUAAAAA